AUGCCUGCAAGCAAUCUAUACCCCGCCCCUGCAGAUCCCGUACUCACAUGUGGUAGUGAAUGUCGACGUAAAUACGACAUUCCAGCACGCAGUCAGGCAUGUGUCUAUUGCUCUGUCUGGAGACUAGAUUCUACAGGAAGACACCUCUUCAUACCGAAAGGGUCUUCUAUGUCAGAAGAAAUAACUGCCGGGAUGAGGUCUCUACCCGAAACAUGCACUUUACCAGAUCAACAUACCUGCACUAAAUUGGUGGAGCUGUGUUUCGGAUUUUUGCAUGAUAGGUUUUAUUCUCUCCUCCAUUGA